AUGAAGUUCUCAAUCAGCAAUCUAAUCUUGUUAUCUGUCUGUCUGUUUCAGUGGGCAUCCGCUGAGCUUGUUUAUUUCUCGAUCGUCCUUACCUGGGCACAGAGAGAGGUUGCAGGAUUCACAAGAGACGUAAUCUUAGUGAACGAUUCGUACCCUGGUCCCCCACUAAAACUCGUUCAAGGCGAUGAAGUCAUUUUCGAUGUCCGAAAUGAAUGUCCCUUCAACGUAACUGUACAUUUUCAUGGUAUUGAACAGCAAGGAACUCCUUGGUCGGACGGUGUCCCUGGAAUGAGCCAACGCUCUAUUCGGACCGGUCAUUCAUUCCGCUACCAGUGGACAGCCCACCAAUACGGUGCAUACUUUUACCAUGCACACCAUCGCGGCCAAAUCGAAGAUGGUCUUUAUGGACCCAUUUACAUCGUGCCCUCGAAUUCCGAAGAAAGGCCGUUUAGUAUGAUCUCUAGCGAAGAAUCUCAGCUUCAAGCUAUGCUUGUCGCCGAACAAAAUACCUCACCUGUUCUUCUCUCGGAUUGGCGCCUUUUGACUUCUGAACAAAUCUGGGCUGCUGAGGAAGCUUCUGGCCUUGAUGCAUUUUGCGCGAAUGCUCUUUUAAUUAAUGGCAAGGGGUCUGUUUCUUGCUUUUCUGCUGUGGAGCUGGACGCUUUGACUACUUCCGACCAGAAGGCGGGUCUGGGAAAUCAGUCCCUCACUGAUAUUGGAUGCUUUCCGCCAACGAACGAAGCCACCGAAGGUAACUACACGCAUGAUUACAAUAAAUUGCUACCGACAAUGUUCGAGGGGUGCACACCAUCAUCAAGUCCUCGUGAGAUCUUUACCGUCGAUGCAAAUGACCAAUACGUUAGCUUUGACCUGAUCAGCUCCGCCGGACUAUUACAUCUUAUAUACUCCAUAGAUGAACACGACAUGUACGUAUAUGCCGUCGACGGUCGGUAUAUCCAGCCUGUUCUGGUAAACGCCAUCAAUCUACCAAACGCAAACAGAUACUCCGUCAUGGUGCCUCUUAACAAAGUGCCGGGGGACUAUACAAUCCGCAUGGUGAGCGGUGAUCAACAGCAAAUACUCAACACAACGGCCACAUUCCGCUAUAAGGGUGCAUCACAGCUGAACCGAUCCUCCGAUCCAUGGGUUACAGUAUCAGGCCUAAACGCCACUGCCGAAACAGUCUUCUUGAACGAUACAACCACAAUUCCUUUCCCAGUAGUUUCACCAGCCUCUUUCGCUGACGAAACCUACAUUCUUCAUCUGGACCGCUACAACGCCUCUUAUCGGUGGACACUAGGGAAUAGCAGUUUCAAUCUUCAACUUGAAGAAUCACAGCCCCUUCUCUUUAAUCAAACGGCUAUUCCCAAUGAUUUGAUAAUUAGAACCAAGAAUGGUUCUUGGGUUGAUCUUAUUAUUCAGGUUGAUUCGGCUUUCCAGCCAUCUCAUCCUAUUCACAAACACUCUAAUAAGCAUUUUCUUAUUGGACAGGGCAGCGGCGAAUUUACCUGGUCUUCUGUUGAAGAGGCCAUGGCGGAGAUACCGAAUUCUUUUAACUUGAUUAAUCCGUCUUUAAGGGAUACGAGUGCUACGGUUGUUUCGUCGACUGAUGCUGUGUGGAUGGCUCUUCGGUAUCAGGUUAUCAAUCCUGGUGCCUUUUUGUUGCAUUGUCAUAUUCAAAUUCAUCAGGAUGGAGGAAUGGCGUUGGCGAUUUUGGAUGGCGUUGACGCUUGGCCGACUAUUCCGGAUAGGUAUAGGUUUGAUUCUGGGUUUUGA